AUGGACGAGCAAUUCUUUUAUUGUAUAAAUUGGAAAAUAGUAGAUUUUCCUACCCGUAAUAAGGAGUGUUACAAAUUUUGGCCUUUUAAAGGAAGAAGAGAUGCAGUAGAUUCCUUUGGGAAAGUUUAUAAUCCAAGCUUUACCCUUUCUUAUAAGAGUGAAGGAAAUUCUAGCGAAAAAAGAGUAGUAAGUAAAUUCUAUUUAAGUGUUGAUGGUGCGUUACCGAAAGACUUCGAAGUUCUAUGUUCGAGUACAUUGAGAGUUGUAAAUUGUCAUUCUGUUAGAUGUAAAUUUGAUAAAAAACAAUUAGAACAUGCCAGAGUUUUACUGUUUUAUGUUACUACUGAAGAAACAACUUUGAGGGUUGAAGAUCAAGUCAUGGAGUACUCACGUGAUUUUAUUUUUACAUAUUUUACCUUUAUAAUGUACUUUAACAAUUCUGUUACUCCAAAACUGACCAACACUCCAGCAAUAAAUGUUCCAUGUAAAAGAGGUUGUAAUUUAUGCUCUGAUUUUAAAAAACUGUUUGAUUCGAAAGAAAUGGCUGACGUAACUAUUACUGUUGAUGGUGUCUCUCUUCUCGCCCACAAAUUUGUGCUUGUGACUCGCUCUCCAGUUUUUAAAGCUAUGUUCGACAAUGAUUGCUUGGAAUCCAAUACGAAAACCAUCCAAAUUACCGAUGCAGAUGCCUCUAUUUUUAAAAAUUUUUUAAAAUAUCUCUACUGCAGUGAAAUCGGUGACAAAAGUUAUGAUAUGGUGCUUAAUCUGUACGUGCUUGCAGAUAAGUAUGCUGUUGAUGGUCUUAAAGAAGAUAGUAGAGACAUACUGGAAUCUGAAUUAAAUGAAGGUACUGUUUGUCAACUUCUUGAGAUGUCCCAUUUGUUUAGAGAUGAAACUUUGUCUGAAAAGGCGGUUGACUUUUUUAAACAACAUUUUUCUGCACUAAAUUUUCUAUUAGUACAUUGA